AUGUCUGGCCUCGACGCCCCCGAUAUCGUGGCUGCGUACGACGACGUCCGCAACGACAAAAAGGACACCAACUGGAUGCUCCUGUCGUACGCGGCGGCCGUGGGCAACAAGCUGACGCUGACCGCCUCGGGCACGGGCGGGCUUCAGGAGCUCGUGGCGGCGCUGGACGACGAGCAGGUGCAGUACGGCUACGUGCGGAUCGAGUACGCCAACGACAAGGAGAGCACGCGCGUCAAGUUUGUGCUGGCGGUGUGGAUCGGCAAGAACACGCGGGUGAUGCGAAAAGCGCGGGUCAGCGUGGAGAGCGGCGACGUCAAGAAGGCGCUGGCGCACCACCACCUGGCCAUUACGGCGGAGGAGCGGUCGGAGCUCAAGGAGGACGACCUUGUGAAGCUGUUGCGGAAGUCUGGAGGCGCUGAUUACAACGGUGGACGGGGUUGA